AUGGAGUUUCGGCUCCGGUUGAGAUCGGCUGCGCGGGCGGAUUUGCAACAUUCUCCGGAGGAAGUGUUUGUGUUGCCGGUGGGAUUGGCAUUUGUGCUUGACUCGAAACACCGGCUUGAGGAUUCGUCUGAAGGCUUAGCACUUGUUGAAGGACGGGUCCUAAACUGCUCAGGGUGCCGGCUAGAUGAGCUACUUGAUCUUCAAGAAAUGCUAGGCGUCUCUGACUCGAACUCCCUCCUCCAGGGCGAUUGUCCUGUCCUGCAUGUCGAGACACUGAUCGGCCUCGAGGCUCUCUGGAUCGUUCUCGGGGAGGACCAGCAUUUCCAGUUCCAGAUUCAUCCAUGGCUCUCAAUCUCUACGGAUGUGAGGUUGUGA